CAGUUGAUUUUAAUCAGUCACAUAAGCAGUUUAUGAACGAGAGUUGUUAGAGAAAAAAUUUCACAAUUUAUUAAAACAAAUAUAUUGGAACGUGGUCUUCCCUAGUGCCUAGCCAAAUGUGAAUAUACUCUACAAGAAACCGUGCAGCUGACCAAAAAGUUGAUAUGUGUGCCACCUUUAUGCAUCCACUCUCAAUAUUUAUCUUAUCAAUCUGCCAAAAAAUAUAGAAUUAAAAAUUUGUGGUGAAAUAGCUAGUCAAAAUGUCUGCUUUGAGUAAAUAUAUAUAGCUGAACUAGACACAGCGGUUCAGUUCCUUCAACACCGUGAGUUGGAAUAGAUCGCAAUGAGUUUAGCUGGUAAAGUUGUUAUUGUAACCGGAGCAAGUUCUGGCAUUGGUGCCACCACAGCUGAGGAAUUCGCCAAGCAAGGUUCCAAAGUGGUGAUCACAGGACGAAAUGAAGCUAACUUAAAAGCUACGGAAGCUGCCUGCAAGGCAGCCAACAGCAAAGUGGAACUACUACUCAUCACCGCCGAUGUAACGACAGACGCCGAAAAGAUUAUCAAAACAACAAUUGAGAAGUUCGGACAGUUGGAUGUGUUGGUGAAUAAUGCCGGUUAUGGUAAAGGGGGUUCAAUCUUGGAUAUUAACGUCGAUCAAUAUGAUAGAAUUUUUGAUACCAAUGUGCGAGCGGUUUUCCUGCUCACUAAAUACGCCGCACCACAUCUGAUUAAGACGCAAGGUAAUAUCGUGAAUGUCUCGAGCGUCGCAGGAUUACGUUCAUUCAGUGAUCUUUCGGUCUAUUGCACCUCCAAGGCAGCACUUGAUCAAUUCACCAGAUGUAUCGCCUUGGAUUUGGCGCCGAAAAAUGUGCGAGUGAACGCCGUGAAUCCCGGAUUGAUUGUGACAAAAUUCUAUCAGGGUUUUGGCAUAUCGGAAGAAGAUUAUGCUAAACUUUUGGAGCAUUCGAAGACUACACAUGCGUUAGGUCGCGUCGGCCAACCGAAAGAAGUAGCUGAUGUCAUUAUUUUCCUUGCUGGUGACAGUUCAAGCUUCAUAACGGGCGCAACUCUGCCGAUCGAUGGUGGCAAACACGCAAUGUGCCCGCGCUAAUAUUUUUUACAAAUAUAAUUUAGUAUAUUUAAACAUACUCAUAAUAUACAUAUAUGGAUACUAGUGGAUCCGACCACGCGUUGCUGUGGUGUACAUUUUAUACUAUUAUUCGUAUAAUAAACUAUGCAAUACAGUAAAAAUUUUAUUUACGAAUAAAA